AUGUCGAAUCACUAUGUGGGACAGUUCGGUCGUAUGCUACCUGCCAUCGAUGGCCAGUCGAGUCGUCGAGAGUCCAACCCGCCAGCUAACCCGCCAGUCCCCGGAUCUCACCCAUACCAACUUCCACCACCGCGUGCUUCGGCACCUUUGCAGUUAGGAACUGAUCCCUUCUUGCACCAGCGAAAUCAGGGAGAGGCCGAUUCUGGAGGGGCACUUUCGAGGCCUUCUCCAGGCCAUCAGCAGACCCCAAGCAAGCAGCUCCCAUCCGUUAGCCAGUUGUUGACCCCCACUGUGCAUGAAAGCCGACCACCAUCACCCUAUCAUUCCCAUGCAUUUAACUAUACGCCUCAUAAUGGAGCGACAGAUCCCACGAAUCGGUACCGCCCUAAGGAGACAGGCCCUGCCUUCGCGACACCCCGGAGUGACAUCUCCGAGAGUGCCAAAUUCCAUCCAAAUCCCAGUCCACAGCUGCAGUCGGGGCCCUUGCCCCGCCUCGCUCAUAUGUCACCCCAUGGCUUAGGGCAUGAGCCUCACUUUAGCUCUGGGAGCCAGGGCAGCCCUUCUGUUCCACCUUUCGCACCCCCCGCUUAUUCCCCCCAGGGCUUCAGAUCCCAUGACCGGGACCCAGAUAUGGCUGGCUCAGAGACCUCGGAUUCUGGCAGUGCGACAGCAAACAAAUCCCAGUCCAAUGUCCGACCUCAUGUCAUCGAUGAAAAGUAUAUCGAUGGAGAGGGUUUGUGCUAUAUAUACGCCGACGGCUCCCAUUGUCCGAAGAUCAUCGAUGGUGUGCCGGUGAACGCUAAUUGGGGGAUCACUAAGGCUGGAAAGCCGAGAAAGCGGUUGGCACAGGCAUGUCUAACCUGCAGGGAAAAGAAAAUCAAAUGCCAACCAAACCUUCCUAAAUGCGAUCAGUGCCAGAAAUCCGGACGAGAGUGUAGGUUUGAGAGCGCGCCUCGCGGUCACCGUGCAGCACUGAAGGCUUCGCAGCUGCUAAACCGAUACGAAAUAAGAGAUGGUUUCACUCCGGGCCACAGCUAUCCGGGAUCUUCUAGUUCGUUUUACUCGAUGGUUCGGGCAUCGGAGAGUUCAACCUCCCUUCCGGGAACCAGCUCACAAUCGCCGGUAUCUGAAGGCGCCGUGCUUACACCUUCUGCCAUGGAGGGUGUUCAGGACAGUACGCCGGAGGCUGAACAUCAACGCAGACUGCGAGUACAGAGCUUGAGCCGGGUCUCUGUGGGGGCUGAGGAGUUUAGCAAACGUCCUGCGGCCCAUGUGGCACCAGACUACAACGAGAUAUUGAUGGAAAUGAAAGAUUUGGAUCCUCAAGAUCCCAUCGCAUGCGACUGGAGCAUCGAUCCGUACGAAGCCGAUCCCGAACUGACAAUUCAUUACGUUGAAACCUAUUUCAACUACAUCAAUGAUCGCUUGUAUUACAUGCUUCCCCGGAAACGUUUCCUUCUGUGGUUGAGGUCAUGUCAUACGAAAUCAUUGGACGAUAAUAUGCUUCUUUACUCGAUGAUGGCGUUGGGUGCGGUAUUCUCGGAUCGUCCAGAUCGAGUGAUGGCACUUAAAAGGUAUUCGCGCACUGCCCGAUAUGCGGUAGAGCGCAGCCAACAUAGCCUCACGUUACAACUUGCGCAAAGCCGUAUUAUUAUGAGUCUCUGGUUUUACGCUAUUGGUGCACUCGUGAAGUCGUGGGACGCCGCAGGUGCGGCUGUCCGAACCGUGUGCGGGUUACGAUAUAACGUCGAGUCAGGUGGAGUUAUCGUAGACCAAAACCAACAAACUUGUGAAUACGGUCUACACCCGCAAGCGUUAAUUGAAUGCCGCCGGAGGACGUUUUGGAUUGCGUUUAUGAUGGAUCGUCUGUCCUCCUUUUAUACACCCUCCUCGACCUUUAUUUCCUCCCAAUCCGCCUACCUUAGACUCCCUUGCCGAGAAGAGGUCUACGAAGCCCAACAGUAUACCACCGUACCUUAUUUCCAAAACUUCUUGAAUCAGACACCGGUGUCGCCAGAGGAUGAGCUCUCUGGUAUAAGUGCCAUGGCGCUUUUGAUAGAUGUUAUGGCCAUCUGGGGAGAUGUCUCGGAUCAUGUAUUCCGAUUAUCAUUGAUACCCGCGGAUGCAUAUCGCAAGCUCUUCGAAGAAUUCCAUUCCUCCAUCGUCCGACGGUCAGAUGAGUUGAUCUCGAGACUUCCUGAUCAUCUCACCUUCACGGCAGUAAAUAUGGAGCGAAGCAUUCGGACAAAGAAGGCAGACACAUUUGUGGAGAUUCACUUGCUAUACCAUGCCACGUUGAUGAAGCUCAAUCGACAUGCUCGCCAUCGUAGCCUGCCCGAAGCAACAAUCGAUUGGCACGUACAUACAACUCGAAAUCAUGCGGCCGAGAUUCUUCGGAUAUCUCUUACUCUCAUGCGCUACGCAGCCGAGUAUGAACCAUCACGCCUUGUCAUGGAGCCGACCAUGGCCAAAGGCACAAUUCUUAGUCCUUACCUGGGCUACGCGAUAGUCUCUGCCGUCGACGUCCUCAGUGCGGGUGGACUGAUUGUUGACAUCCCUGAGACCAUUACUCUCAUUCGGGGUGGCCUUGAAGCACUGAAGGAGCUGAGCCGUUUCUGGGCUGGAUCUGUGCCCUUAGUGUCAUUGGUCGAAACACGACUUGACGCCAUGCUGGAGCAUCGCCAUCACCCGAUGAUGUCGGAAGGCAAGGUUGCUUUCAUGGUGACCGGACCGUCUCUGGAUAGUCAGAUCCGCAACGGUACCCAAAAACAAGAACCACCAUCCAACGAAGAUCUCAUGUACGGUGGUCUACCCCGUGAACGAUUCUUUGCCGCCGUGGGCGCCGGAAAUGUUCCAUUUUUGGAAGAAAAUAUUCUCUGGAUCCGAGACACCAGUUGA